CUACUUCAAAUCCAAGGUAGCCUGGCUGGCUGAAAACUAAGCAGUAUACACAUCAAGGCCCCCUCAAAUCCCCCUCUCAAUCCCCAGAAAGCUCGCCAAUGUUCUCUCCAAAGCGCUUCCAGAGCCAGAAACUACCCGACUCUCUUUCCUUUUUUCUCAGCAUGUCACACAGACACCGGCACAUCAGCACUUUCCGCUUCCCAGUGUUUGGCUCUUCCCAGAGCUUCCCAGAGCCAAAUAUCCAUCGGGCCCCACUACUUGUCUCCCAAAUCUCUGCCCACAAGUCCCACCAUUCCCGCUUCAUUUUCCCCCUACGAAGGAUGCCACCUUCUCGAACUCAGCACCCCUGCGUCCUCGUCAACACCACCCUCUCAAAAUGCGAAGAUUGGAUACCGUACCUAGCACCAGCACUCCUCGUCCCAUGCCCACACGCCACCGGCGUCUUCAAGCUCUGCAGCUUUCCCCUGGCAUACGACCGCGCAGCGACCGUUCUAGUGAUCUGGAGUGCGCCGAUGCCGGCGGAGAUGAGGGAGAAUUGGGCGAUGGGUUGCAUUAUGAUUCUCGGAAGGUUUGUUGAGUGUGUAUGUGGGUUAUGAUGAUUAUGGUGGUUCGGGAUCAAGGUUUUGCUUUUGCUUUUGCUGUAGAGGAUGGUGAUUCAUGGGAAGCUCUUGAAGUUGAGAGUCUAAAAUUGAGCAGAGUGAUGGCCUUGAUAUACGUGAUUCUCGAACAGAUAGUGGCAACUCCUCACACGACGGUCGAACGACCAGAGACGUGAUUUAUAAAGCAUGGCAGCACAUGUGUAAUUCGAGAACGCGGGGACCC